AUGGCUGAGAUUGCCCAGGAAAAGAUUGAGGAGUUUGGAGAGAUGGAUGCAGAUUGCAGCCUCCCCACCACUGUGCGGCCCCUGCAGUACAGCCCGAUCCACUCGGACUCCGACGAGGGUGACGGGGCCAUCAAGUACACCAUCUCGGGUGAGGGCGCAGGCACCAUCUUCCUGAUCGAUGAGCUGACAGGUGACAUCCAUGCCAUGGAGCGGUUGGACCGUGAGCAGAAAACCUUCUAUACGCUGCGGGCCCAGGCUCGGGACCGCGCCACCAACCGCCUGCUGGAGCCCGAGUCGGAGUUCAUCAUCAAGGUGCAGGACAUCAACGACAGCGAGCCCCGCUUUCUGCAUGGCCCCUACAUUGGCAGUGUGGCUGAGCUGUCCCCCACAGGCACAUCGGUGAUGCAGGUGAUGGCCUCGGAUGCGGAUGACCCGACGUAUGGCAGCAGCGCUCGGCUGGUGUACAGCGUGCUGGAUGGAGAGCACCACUUCACGGUGGACCCCAAGACCGGCGUGAUCCGGACUGCGGUGCCUGACCUCGACCGUGAGAGCCAGGAGCGCUACGAGGUGGUGAUCCAGGCCACAGACAUGGCAGGCCAGCUGGGCGGCCUCUCCGGCUCCACCACCGUCACCAUCGUGGUCACCGACGUUAAUGACAACCCGCCCCGUUUCCCACAGAAGAUGUACCAGUUCAGCAUUAAGGAGUCGGCCCCCAUUGGCACAGCCGUGGGACGCGUGAAGGCCGAGGACUCGGACGUGGGUGAGAACACGGACAUGACUUACCACCUCAAAGAGGAGAGUGGCACCGGUGGCCAUGUGUUCAAGGUCACCACGGACAGCGACACUCAGGAGGCCAUCAUCGUAGUGCAGAAGCGCCUGGACUUCGAGUCCCAGCCGGUGCACACGGUGGUCCUGGAGGCCCUCAACAAGUUCGUGGACCCCCGCUUCGCUGACCUGGGCACAUUCCGCGACCAGGCGAUCGUGCGCGUGACGGUGACCGAUGUGGACGAGCCCCCCGAGUUCCGGCCGCCCUCCGGCCUCGCUGUUGGCACAGUCUUUCAACCUCCCCCUCAGCCUCUGGCUGGGCCCCAGACCUUGGGGCAGGUGGAGGGCAUUAUCACCAUUUGCCAGGAAACUGAGGCCCAGAGAGAGGAGGAGGCUUCCCUGGGCUCUCACAGUGAGGGCGGGGCGGGGCGAGGGACAUGGCGCGGGUUCCAUCUGGUGCCAGGGCACCUCAGUCAGCCCCGCCCUGCCUCCAUCAGGUAUGCCAUUGACCGAGACUCGGAUUUGGACCAGAUCUUUGACAUCGAUGCGGACACAGGUGCCAUCGUGACGGGCAAGGGACUGGACCGUGAGACCGCCGGCUGGCACAACAUCACGGUGCUGGCCAUGGAGGCAGACAAUCAUGCCCAGCUCUCCCGGGCAUCCCUAAGGAUCCGAAUCCUGGAUGUGAACGACAAUCCCCCAGAACUGGCCACUCCCUACGAGGCAGCCGUGUGUGAGGACGCCAAGCCAGGCCAGCUCAUCCAGACCAUCAGCGUGGUGGACAGAGACGAGCCCCAGGGUGGGCACCGCUUCUAUUUCCGCCUGGUGCCUGAAGCUCCCAGCAACCCUCACUUCUCUCUGCUCGACAUUCAAGACAACACAGCCGCAGUGCACACGCAGCACCUGGGCUUCAACCGGCAGGAGCAGGACGUGUUCUUCCUGCCCAUCCUGGUGGUGGACAGCGGGCCGCCCACGCUCAGCAGCACGGGCACACUCACCAUCCGCAUCUGCGGCUGCGACAGCUCCGGCGCCAUCCAGUCCUGCAACACCACGGCCUUCGUCAUGGCCGCCUCCCUCAGCCCCGGCGCCCUCAUCGCACUGCUGGUCUGUGUCCUCAUUCUUGUCGUGCUGGUGCUGCUGAUCCUCACCCUCAGGCGCCACCACAAGAGCCACCUGAGCUCCGAGGAGGACGAGGACAUGCGGGACAAUGUCAUCAAAUACAACGACGAGGGUGGCGGCGAGCAGGACACCGAGGCCUACGACAUGUCGGCGCUGCGGAGCCUGUACGACUUUGGCGAGCUCAAGGGCCCCCUGCAGCUCAGGCUGGUGCCACCUCCAGGGCCCAGCUUGCCCGUGACCGCCCUGCAUGCCCUGCCCGCCUGGCUCUGA